AUGUCAAUAGUAGAAUUAAUUCCAUUAAAUAAAGGCAAUCAUCUUAUUCUUGAUAAUACGAAAAUAAUAACAAUCGGUCGUACACCAAAUAUUGGUUGUUUAGAUAAUAAAAUAUCUCGUAAUCAUGCACAAUUAUUUAUUAAAAAUGAUGGAACUAUAUGGAUAAAACCUAUACAUCAGAAUCCAAUAUUUUAUAAAACAAAAACGAAUCAAAUAGUUACAUUAACUAAAGAUAAAGAAUAUCAACUAUAUAAUAAUGAUCAAUUUGGUCUUUUACCGGAUGAAUAUUUUUAUCGAGUUUCAAUUAAAUUAAAUAAUGCAGAAAUAAAUCAAACAGAAAAUAAGAUUGAUGUAUCUUCAACUAAUAUAUCAACAAGUUCCGUGUCAGACACUCCAUUAUUAACAUCAGAUAAUGACAAAGAGUUAAACGAGGAAGGAAAAACUAUCAACACUCCAUUAGUCCAAGAACAAGCAUGUAAAUAUCAAGAUACUGAGAAGAAAGAACCUAAAGCCGAUGAGUCUAUUAUUUCUUCGACAGCACAAACUAAUACAUCUGAUAAUCAAACAGCAUCGUCAUCAUCGACAGUUGUUGAAUCUAAGAAACGAGAACAAUGUCCGUAUGGAGAAUCUUGUUUUAGAAAAAAUUUAAUUCAUCGACAAGAAGUUAGUCAUCCCGAUGAUCCAGAUUGGGAAAGUAAGGAAAAUGAUAAGAAUAUAACAAAACCUGAUUGUCCAUAUGGUAACGAAUGUUAUCGAACAAAUGUUGAUCACCUCAAUGAAUAUCGUCAUCCGAAAAAAAGAUGCAUUGAAAUUAAUACGAAAUCACGUACAACAAAACGUAAAGCAAGUGAAGAUAAAGAUGACGACGAUGGUCUACCAAAUGAAUAUGAUUAUAAUGAUAGUUUUAUUGAUGAUGAGGAUACUGAUACUACGAAUGACGAAAAAGAAAGUAUUGAAUCCGAUGGUGACAUUGAAUGGAAACCAGAGAAAGAUUCUCGUAAUUUCGAUGAAACAGAUGAUUAUUCUUCGGAUGAAAGUGAUAGAGAAUUAAGGAAAAAAGAAGCAACUGAAUAUAUUCAAGGUUCAGCUUCUAAUCAUCAUAGUUCGAAAAAUAAAAAACCUCGUUUAGAUGACGAAACUGACGAAGAUGAUAGCUAA